GUGACAGACACCGAUCUUUCUUCCCCGCCCCGUUCCCACUUGCUCCGGGCGCACGCGAGGAAUGUUGGGAAAUGAGGUUCUUUUCCUUAAGCAUGUGUCUACAACAGAAGGUGAACUUAAACUACAUGAACCAGUUUUCACCGCGACUGGACAGUAGCGUCCUUUCACUUCGCUAUGGCAACACAGUAGCCGUAUCUACUGCCACCACGAUCUAACACCUUGUCGUCGGCUCGUGAUGACGAAAACCACUGUGAUUGGUGAGUCGGCGCGAGGAAAAGGUGAAGCAAAUAUCUGCGACGAAAGUGGCCGACUAUUGUAUGGGGGUAACCGAGAUACAAGUAGGAGAGCGUGUGAGGUGUUUGCCGUCGGAGAGUUCAGUUGUCCUUAUUACUGGGUUUUUAAAAAUUGGAAUAAUACGAUUAAAUAAGGCGGGGACUGCCGAAGUCUGACACUUGGGACUGCAGCCUUCUAAAGCGCUAACAAGCGUUCGUUCUCCACGUUUGUGAGCAGACUGGAUCUGUCAGGAAAGAUGAAAUUGUGUCUCUCCAAAGUAGUUGGUGGCUGUCGUCUUGGCACACUGACAAACCUGGGUCGAAAGGGAACUCAAGCUAUGGAGAUUCCAGGCUGUUUGCUUUAUACUAAAAUGGGAUCAGCACCACACCUGACACAUGACAAUCUGCAGAUGGUUGAAAAUGUUCCUGUAGUUGCACAGCUUUCACUUCCAGCAUUGGCAGACCUUCAUGAGGUCUUGGCAGAAUAUAAAGAAGGAGCUGGAAAGUUCAUAGGUAUGCCAGAGUCAGUGCUAUACUGCUCCCUCCACGACCCAGUUAUCUGCUCCCCACCUGGCUACAACAACAACAAGACAGUUUCUAUAUGGGGAUGUGGAGGGCGGAUGGAAAUAACGCCAUCCAAGUUCAUGGCCCUCCAAAGCGUUAUUCAGCCAGACUGGUUCCAGUGUCUCUCAGAUGGGGACACUGUUGGAGAAGAAAUCUCUAAGAAGAGGGCCAAAAAGUCUGUUGAUCGAUCACUGUCCUUUUUGGAUGAGUGUCUACAACUGCAAGAGAAAUCUCCAGAAUUGCAACGGAGCUUGAUAAUUGGGGUCAUUGAAGGUGGGGAUGUGUUGGAAGAGAGGCUCAGAUCAGCUAAGGAGACAGCCAAGAGACCCGUGGCUGGCUUCCUGCUGGACAGCUUUCAAGGAAAUGCCAUGACCAAGGAGACCAAGCUGGAACUCUUGUCCUCAGUUACAGCAAUGCUACCAGAAGAUAAACCAAGACUAAUCCAUGGUAUUGGCAGGCCAGAUGAGGUGCUGGAGUUCAUUGAGAGAGGUGUGGAUAUUUUUGAGAGUUCUUUCCCUUACCAGGUGACAGAGCGGGGCAGUGCUUUGUCCUUCAGCUACAACUAUAAACCAGAUCCUGAAACAGCAGUCUUAAAAGAGAAUGGGAAAACAGACGUGGGGGGCACAGAGGAUGGAAAAACAAAAAAUGAAACAGUCCAUGGAGCUCAAGAAAUUACUUCAUUUGAAAUAAAUUUGAAAGAAAAAAGGUACCAGGAUGAUUUUAGUCCUUUAGUGCAUGGAUGUUUGUGCUACUGCUGUAAGAAUCAUAGUCGUGCCUAUGUUCAUCACCUUCUUGUGACCAAUGAGUUGCUAGCUGGCGUACUGCUUAUGAUGCAUAAUUUUCAACACUAUUUUGGCUUCUUCUGUUCUGUGCGAGAUGCUCUAAAAGAAGACAGGUUGGAUCAGUUGAGAGAGAUUGUCAGCAGGAAAGCACCUUGAGGCCAGAAAUGCACAAACAGUAUGGAGAGAAAAAGAACCCACGAAGCAAGAGAGUGCAUACUUUGGCUACAAUUAAUCUCAUGUCAUCUGUAGCACAAGCCUUCUGGAGUGAUAGUCUUUCCCCCACUAGCCAAUCAAUUACAGCAGGGAUAGCCAAUGUGAUGCCCUCCAGAAGUUGUUGGACUACAACUCUCAUCAUCCCUACCACUGACAAUGCUGGCUGUGGCUAAUGGCACUUGGAGUCCAACAACAUCUGGAAUACACCACUGGCUACCUCUGGGUUAAAGGAACCAGAAAAGAUACAAGCUGAGAUUUAUAGAGAUAUCCUUUAUUAAGCCGGGCACCUUUAUAUUCAUGAAUUUGUGUCUGUAAUCCUCAGGAACCUUAAGAGUACUAGAACUGGGGUGAGAAGAAAAGAAUAUAAACUGUUGCAUGAAUCAUCUUUUAAAUGUCAGCUUCCAUUGUGAGCUCUGAUUUCAUCCUAAUUAUACAUAACUGGGUAAUAUCAGUCCAUUUGGGGCUUUAUUUAAAGAGUCUCUGGCAAGAAGAUGAAGCGUGUAGAAAGGACUCCUCUUUGUAACACUUUGACCCUUGCUCACUGGGUAUGUAGCUGCCGUUUUGCAAAUGGGACCAAACACUGUAUUCCUCACAGUAUGCCAUAGCUGAUUCUACACUGCACUUCUCUGUUACAAAGUAACAACCAAUUUGGCUGGUCUUAGUCCAUAGUAUUGAUAAAAUGUCCCUAAAACAAUAGCUGUUUUAUCUUCAGGGAUUUUAGAUUAUUGGAUCAAUUUUCCUCUUCCAUAUUAUAUUUUCACCCCCAGUUUAUGGGUGGCAAAGAACACGCCUUGAGUAAAUGUGGUUGAACAAAUGUUCAUAUGUGGUAGUUCUUUUAUGAUAAUGGAGCACACAGACAAAACAUGUUAGGCUUCUGUAUCUUAUUCAGCUCAAUCAUGUUCUUUUUUAUUGGGUGUCUUUUUGUACAUAUGGAAUCAUUUAAAGGUUUUUUAUUAUUAUUGUACUUUAUGGGAAAUGUCAGUAAGGCACUUGGACACAUUUUUGUAUUACUUCUGAGUAACAGUGUUGCAUGAAACAGCAUAGGCAUUAAAAUGCUUGGGCCCUAAUUGUACCUUGCAUGUACUAGUGGGCUGUGUUCCUGCUACUGUGCGUGAAGAUCAGGGUGUGUUCACCUACCAGUGUAAUCAGCUUUGCAAAAGCCAAGUGCUUGUUUGAAAGAAUGGGAAGACUGAAUCUAGACUCUCCCCACUCUUUCAAAUAAGUGGUUUGCACUGUCAAAGCUUACAGUAGUGACCAUUUUUGAAGGCAUGUGAUAUGAAUCUGAUCCAUCACAGAUCAAUUCUUUAACCACUUUGGGGUUUGAUACAAGUUUUUUUAACCCCAUACAUUGCCUUUUCCCACACCUGAAGCCUGACACAGCCGGAUCAGGGCAAUAAGAAGUGAUACCCCCACCCUGAAUUGGAAAGUGGGGAGGGUGCUAAUCUUAUAUCCUGUGCAACUGUACCUUAUCAACAUCUUUUAAUAAUAAAUAAAACAUUUUUUUAGUUUUGUCA